GAGAGCUUGUGGGUAGAGAGUGGAGGAGAAAACGCAAAGGGUUGGGGUCGAGCGCGAACCCUAGAACUCGCAAAACCCUAGAAGGCGCACUCUCCGCGCGAAUCGAACCUUCGAUCGCGGAGCCAGAGCGAUUCGAUGAUCGGUGGUGCCCGCGUGAUCGUCUAGGGUUUUCGAUCGGCCAUGGCGCUCGGGAAGCUCACCCUCGUCAUCGGAGCAGGAAUUGUCGGAUCCAUACUUAGCGAUAAAGCGAGCUUGUCUGACAUAACAAAGAUAUUUUCUGGUGCUUCGAAGAUAUUCUCGAAGCACCUUCGGCAGGAAGAUGGUAGCAAUCAAUCCACCAGUAAACCGCAUACCGAUUCUCUACUAGCUCAGGUCGAUAUUCUAAGGCAAGAGCUGCAACGGUUCGCAACGAAGGAAGUUACUAUUAUUACUAAUACUACCACAACAGGUUCUGGUACAUAUCGUAUAACAGCUGUGAUUAUUGUUGGAGCUGUUGGGUAUGGAUACAUAAGGUGGAAGGGUUGGAAGCUUUCUGAUAUGAUGUUUGUGACUCGGCGUGGCUUAUCUGAUGCUUGCACUGCAGUAGGCAAACAACUUGAGCAAGUUUCUUCUUCUAUCGCUGCUGCAAAGCGGCAUUUAUCUUCUAGGAUUGAUCGUGUCGAUUGUCGUUUAGAUGAAUGCAAGGAGAUCACUAUUGAAACCAAAGAUCAGGUCACUUUAAUGCAUGGAGACCUCAGUAACUUCCAUCUGGAAAUGGAAUCUGUUCAUUCUGUAGUGCAAAAUCUGGAAACAAAACUUUAUGAGCUUGAGUCAAGUCAGGAUUAUACAACAGAAGGGAUAUACAGAUUAUGCAAGUUUGCGAAUACCUUGGAGCAAAACCGAAAUGCAGAGUCUACUCAGGCUUUGCCAUCCAGUGCUUCCUAUCCAGCUAUUGAAUCUUCGCGGUCUUCACCAGUCACAAGGGCUGGCUCUUUGCCCCCUCCAGCACUCGAAACACCUUCGCCAUUAGCAUCUUCAUCAGCUUCAGUUGAGACACCUAAGGUUUUGCGCACCAUGACAGCCAUCUCUGCUUCGGGUCUAAAAGUGCUCCAGGCUAGUGCAAUUCCCCCAGGCUUCUCCAGAUCGAACUCUGUGAAACCAGUUGUCUCUGAACACUCCAACGGAGCCUCAUCUUCCACCGAACAGAGCAACACUAAUACCAGCACAUCAAGUUCGAACCGCUUUGCGUGGAAGCUACCCGGACUCAACGUUCUCUCCCGAACCCGGAGUACCGCGAGCUGAUGAACUGGCCCAUUCAAGUGUUAUUAUUCUCCAUGUGUAUCAUAUUUCCUACUUGGCAUUUUCUAGUUAUUCGCAGUAGAAGAGAAGCGAAAAUUUAGGUCUCUUUGGUUUUGCAAAUAUACGUGUUAUAUGUUUUAUAGUGCUCAAUUUACUCGUAUCCAUUUUGAGCUCUGAAUUUUGUAGAAAUCUAGAGAUCUUUAAGGAGAGAAUAAUUGAAGUCAAUUCAUAUGACGAACUGAUAUUUUAAGGACUCUAUGAGUGAGAACGUUGCCUCGUUAUCGAAUAGUAACUCAAAAAAAAGUAUGGCGAGGGUUUAAUAUCACAAUCAUCUGUUGAAGCUUGUGUUAUUUUGAGUUGGUAUCUGGGGAAAAUAAAUGUAGUUAUACUGAAUUUGAAGAUUGUUAUUCUCAGUUGAUAUAUAUUCCAGG